CCGGGCCCUUACGCCGCCCAUGGCAGGAGGGACCUCGUCUGGCGAGCGGAAAGUGCGGAAAGAAUCCUCCUGAAACGAGGAACGAGAGAUGCGGCUUGGGGUUCCAAUGCCUUCAGACAAAGCCAAAGGAGACUUCCGAAGCAAUAGGGCUGGUGCAGUGUGGAAUGGGGCCAAUGGCUACCGGAAGAGCCAGGUCGGCUGGUUUCUUCGCAAACCAGACUGGAAGAAGAUCCAGCUGCAGCCGUUCGAGAAGAAGCUCUACGAGGAACACCCGGCCACGACGAGCCGGCCGAGGGCGGAAGUGGACGCCUACAGAAACGUCAACGGUAUAUCGGUGAAAGGGAACAACGUCCCGAAGCCCAUACUUGCCCUGGAAGAGUCCAACUUCCCGGAUUUCGUCGUCAAGAGCAUAGAGGCCCGACGCGACCGCACUUCGCCCACGCGCAUCGAGGCACACUGCUGGCCAAUCGCACUCAAGUGCCGGGACUUUCUGGGCAUCGAGAAAACGGGAUCGCACAAGACGCUCGCCUACGUUUUGCCUGCAGUCAUCCAUGUCAGCCGGCAACCGCCCUUGCAACAGGAAGACGGACCCAUAGCCGUCGUGCUGGCUCCGACACGAGAAUUGGCCAAGCAGAUUCACAGCACGGCCUUAGAAUUGGGUGAGCACGCCGGACUCGGCAGCGUGUGCGUCUCGAACGGCGAGCCCAAAGAAGGUCAGUACGAAGGGCUGAAGAAGGGCUGCCACAUCUGCGUGGCCACGCCUCGACGCCUCAUUGAGUUCCUCGAGGAAGGCAAGGUGAAUCUGCACCGCUGCACGUACCUCGUGGUGGAUGAUGCAGACCGCAUGCUGACAACAGGUUUCAAGCCCACAGUCCUCAAGAUUGCCGAGCUUUGCCGGCCGGAUCACCAGACGAUAAUGUGGGCCGCAUCCUCGCACAACGACCUCAGGCCCUUUGUCGAGGAGCUGCUCCACGAUUACAUCGAAAUCGAGUUCGGGACGGCGCCGCUAGCCGCUGAAAACAGCGUGGAGAUGACGGUCGAUGUGUGCCAGGAGGAAGAGAAGGAAGCGAAGCUAGCCGAGCUCUUUGACGACGUCCUCAAGGAAAAGUCAAAGAAAGCCAUUGUCUUCACCAACUCGAAGAAGAAGGCCGACGAGAUUGCGUGGAUGCUCCGAAUCCGGGGCUGGCCUGCCAUCGGCCUUCACGGCAAGAAGGGGAGAGAGGAGCGUGAAUGGAUCGCUUCCAUGUUCUACGCUGGUACGUCGAGCGUGCUCGUGACGACGGACAGGGUUGCACAGGACUUGGUCUUCGAGAACGUGUGCCUGGUCGUGAACUACGACUGCCCGGACUCCUCGGAGGCUUACGUGCGCAGGUCGAGCUGCGUGGCGCGCUCAGGUGAGCCAGGCGUGGUUCACACAUUCAUCAUUCCAACCCAGCAGCUGUACGCCAUGAACUUGAUAGCAGUAUUGGAGCACGCCAAACAGCCGGUUAGAGCAGAGCUCUACGACAUCGCGAAGAAAGUGUGUUCUAAACGAUGACGCGUUCGACGCCGGCGAUCGGCGAGGUGCUCCGGGAUGACGGCGGGCCAAGGAAGGAACUCGCUGUCAUGUGGAGUGCUCUGAAAUUUGCCUGCCUUUGCGUAACUGAUACAAGAGGCAGUAGUCUGUUUAACUCUAUACCAACUAAAAUUGAUGUAACCACAUAUAAACGUAAGUCUAUUGGUUUUGUUUGGAGAGGUUAUUACUCGGAAUUACCGAAAGAUAGCACAUAAAACUAAAUAACAAAAUUUAAUUAAACAACCAUGCCGCAGUGGGUUGCAUUCCUCCAACAAUAUAACUGAUCGGGGUAUUGGAGUAUACUUGUUACCCACUGGUAAAAAAAAAAAAAAAAAAACUGCGUAAUCGCAUGCCAGUGCUUCUGCGAAUACACAAGUUAAAUAUUCCUGCAAUUCUUGCAAAAACACCACAGUUUUCUUCAAAAAGUGUCAGCUCCUUCCUUUGAUUGUACUAAAUCCCAUCCUCUCUUAAUUUAUAUAGAUGUCAAUGUAGCGGCUGCAAACUCAUGAACAAUGAGACCUUCUUACUGCGAAUUCACUUUACUGUCGAAUACUCGUUCUUAGAUUUCUUUCGUAGUAAAAUCAAGCAACCCGCUCUGGGGCAUCGACCAUGAAUCGGGCGGUGAAAAGAUUAUUAGUACAA